CAGGGAUCUUCUGCACCAUCUCCCUGUGCACAUAUGCAGCCAGCGUGACCUACGACCUCUCCAGAAACCCGCCCUUCAUCUACGGCCUGCCGGCUGACGUGGAUCACGGUUAUGGCUGGUCCAUCUGCUGCGCCUGGGCCAGUCUGGGUCUCACUGUAGCGUCUGGCUGCCUCGGCACCACCUUCCCCUUCCUGAGCCGGGCCGGAGCACUGCGGUCCAAAACCGCCCACGAGUCCUCCGUCUGAGGCGAGGAAGAGGAUGAUUCUCGGACGACAAAAGCUGCGAGCUGAGCCACAGACUGAACCCUUUACUCUGCGACGCUGAGCAGGUGCUGCUCACUGACUUCAGGCUUCCCGCAGGAGGGAACGCACUAACAGAUGAUCCAGGUAUCAGUGCUGCCGCUCUGUUAUCAAACAAAGGAGUUGACCUUUAACCUCUGACACCGACUCCUCUGUAAACAGGGUAUGACACCAUUUAUGUUUAAGCUUUUUCAGGUAUCAGCCUCUGAGACUCUGCAUCAGCCUAUCGGAAGCCCCGAUGCCUUCUCGUGACCCCCCUGUACGAGCAGAAUCGGACGUUUGAAGUUCAGGCUCUGAGCUUUCAAAAACAUCUGGAAUUACAAACAUUCAUCCACCAGCUGCAGACACCAAACUGAGAAUGUCCACAGCAUCCUUCCCAUCAUCAGGAGGAGGAGCGUGAGGAGGAGUAUCAGGGGGACGGACCCAUCGAGGUCUUUAGGCUCCUGAGGGAGAAUGACGGUGGAUGAAAUGUUUGUGUGCGGCUCAAAGUCAGAACUUUAUUUAAUUUCAAGCCGACACGCAGAGUGAAACGGUGACUCACCAUCACUAUCGACCUUUAACCUGUAGAUUCCACACUGAAAGCUCCCAUGUUCCUCCUGAUACCCCAUCAUAGCUCCACUGUCCCCUCAUGGAACCUUUGCUGCCCCCUGCUGGACACAGCUGUAAAUACAUGGUGUAAACAUGAUGGGACUCGUCACCUGUAGCUGCUCCUGUGGAAGAUCUGUCAGCAUUUGUUGGAUGUAUUUAUAUCUGAGAAUUAAAUAUUUGUUAAAUGUG